UGAUACGUGGCUUUGUGCAUUUAGUGCUUAGAAUUUGUACUGUUCAGUAAGAAUUAUUUCCAGGAUGUCUGAAUCUGUGUCUGUUAACAAUGGGAAUAACGGUGCUCAGGAUGGCAAUCGUGGUGGACUACACGUGGCCGGUGGUGGCUAUGGUGUUAACACGGUCGACAACAGUGGAUACGGUGUGAACGUCGCAGAUAAUAGUGGAUAUGGGGGGGUACAUGUAGUUGGCGACAGUGGUCACGGUGGUGUACAUGUAGUCGACGAUAGCGGUCAUGGUGGUGUACACGUAGUUGACGACAGUGGUCACGGUGGUGUACACGUAGUUGAUGAUAGUGGUCACGGCGGCCAUCUAAGAACGCACAGCGCUCAAGUUACUUCUGGAGAUGAAGGGGAAAUCAAUAUUGUACCUGACUCCGGCUUCUAUAUGCCCCAUAAUUAAUGUUUGGUCCAAGUUAACGAGGUAUGACGGGAGAAUGAAUGUCAUAACGUGUUUAUCGUAUUUUUGUAAUAUUUAAAACAAUAAAAGAUUAUAUACUGUGUUUGUAAUA